CUAUCAAUCAACUACCAGACAAACUUGUUUUGAACAUGGGGAAACCAUCAUUACAGUCUUUCGUUACACCAGUAUCUGAAACUGUCUGGGCUUGGAGACAAAUUGAGAGAUCCACGUUUCUCAGCAGCAUGUACAACAACAUAAUCCCUGCAGUGUUGGCCUUCUGGAUCCAAACAGCAACUGUAACCGGAUUUGAAGUUUCAAUCGAUGUAACUCCUCCAGCAGUGGAAUUUGGUGACUCCAUUGAGAUGAACUGCAGCACAACAUGUCAAAAACCAUCAAUGAAUGUGGAAUAUAAACCAGGGGUAAACCCUACCAGAACAAAUAGCAGUACUUGGUACAAUGAUUAUUUCCAAAGUGUCCAGAAUUGGGAUUUUACACUAGCAUGUUCUGUGAUGUGUAAAUUGGACAAUUUUCAGCUGAAGGAGAAGAAAAUGUCUGUCACAGUAUACAAUCGAGAGAUAAACAUUAUAUCACUCCCUGAAGUGCUGGAGGUUAACAGGAGAUAUAGUCUGCAGUGCAUCGGACCAAGAGUCUACCCAAACAACAAACUCAUUCUCACAUGGAUAAGAGGGAGUGAGAUUGUUCAGAGAAAUUCUGCAGAAAACCAAGGUCUUCCGGAUGAAGAUAACAGGUUGAGAAAUGUCUUCAAUUUCACUGCAAGUCUAUCAGAUGAUGGACAGGAGUACACCUGCUUGGCUGAAGUGGACUUGGGCUCUAACACCACAAUGUCAAUCACAAACUCCUCUGUCACUCUGCAAACCUACUCUUUCAUGGAUCAGCCUAGAAUCCUGGACAAAAGGCCCAAAGAAGUGAAGCAAGAGGUCAUAUUAACAUGUGAGGUCUCAGAUGUCUAUCCAGUUGAGAAGAUGAGAGUACGAUGGUUUCAGGAUGGUGAGGAACUGAACUCAGUUACCACAAGGCCAAAUUCUAACACUGUCCAAUCAACAGCAGCGUGGACACCGCAGGAAACUGGUCUGAUCGAAGUUGUCUGUAUGGCUGAUUUUGAGAAGUAUCCAUCAGUUCCCUCAAAGAAUCACACGGUCUUCAUUGAGGUGUACGUUUUCUCUUCCCCUGAAAUCCAAAUACCAACCAGCCAUGAAGGAAAUCUGGUUAACAUUACGUGCCAUGUAUUAAAUGUCUCAGGGGAUCUUGAACUCAGACUGAAGAAAGAAAAUGACAUAUUAGCGAAAGGAUCGAGCAGUACUGGGCUCACUAUCUCUCAUACAGUACAGGCUCAAGCAAAGCUGGAUGGACAGCAGUUUAUCUGUGAAGCUGAACUGAAACUUCAAGAUCAGUCAAUAACCAGCCCUGUUAUUAAACAACAGGUUGGAACCCUCCAUGUCCUGUAUCAAACAACAACCAGAAGGCUUGCAGCAAAGAUCACUGGCCUCACCUCUGUUGCAAUCAUAGCUGGAGGAUUGUUAUGUAUCAUAAUCAUUUAUUGUAUAGAGCAAAAUAAAUAGCAGCAAACAAUCUUUGUAUGUGCAGCCAAGAUCAACGUUUAUGAUGAUAUGGUCUCAGAGCUGACACAAUAAAAGGAUAAACAACU